CGACACUUGAAGUUUACUGCAGCUUUUUAGACAUUGAUACUUUGACUUUCAGAUCAAAGUAAAACACCAAGCUGUUUAUACUUCGAUCCAAUUGUUGAUUAUCUUAGUUCUGUUGGAAUCCAUUUGAUUUCGGCCCUACUUCUUUUUCCACAGCAGCCGAAUCAGCUGGUUUGAGACAUGACAGCGUCUCCGGAAACUGACGCCAUGCUGGCGUCUACAUCAUACCCACCAGCGUCAAAGUCUCCUGACCAACUCACGUAUCAAGAACAGCUCCUGAGGAUUGCUCGUCAUCUGCCCUGUGAUGAAUGCAAUGCCGGAGAUUGUACAGGUUGGCGACCAGAAAUUUCUUCAUUCACUUUGGAUAACAUGGGAGGACAAUGUGAGUGUGGACACGCUAUCUCGAGUCACGUCGAUGGAGAGCAAGAUAUGGAACGACGCCUUAGAGUAGCCACCAGAAUUGAUGAAUUAUUGGAGGAAAAGGAUAAACUAGAUGAUUUCGACUAUGUAGAUGAGGAUAUAUUAUCUUUAAGAAAACAAAUGGUGCAUAAUGCCGAACGCGCUCCAUCAGUGGACUCUUUGUCCUCUGCUUCCACACCCUCUUCCAUCGAAGGAGGCGACGACAGUCCCAUUGCAGAUAGGGCUGACGACAUAGACGAGCGACCAUCAAAGCGACGGCGGUCUAGUCAUGAAGAUGCUGAAGAAGAUGCAUCACAUGAUGAGGAUGAAGACGAAGAAGAGGAGGAAGAAGAAGAAGAAGAAGAGGAUGACGAUGAUGAAGAAGACGAAGAAGAAGAAGAGGAUGAAGAAACCGCAGGUCAAGAGCAGGCUGACGAAGAAGAGGAUGAUGACGACGAUGAGGAAGAAGAUGAAGAAGAGCAAGAAGUACAUGAAGCCACUCAUAAGGAUGACGAAGACGCAGCGGACAGCGAUGAACACAUGCCUCAAGCCGAGACCGCUGAAGACGAAUCACACUGGGAUGACGAUACCACUGAAAAGGUGGAAUCGACCAAUGACCGCCAUAACGACUCAAGGAUGGACAUAGACUCUCCUAACACAGACAAUGAACCAAAUCACGAAAAAGGUUUAGAAAAUGGCUACGAUGAUGACGAUCAUGAAGUUAAUGGCGAUGCCACAACGGUAAAUCAUAUAAAAGUCGAAAACAUGGAGAAUGAUCGAUUACUGGACAACGAUGAAGAUCACAAAGUGAAUGGAGUCGAUGCAGACGAGAAUGAAAGUGUAAAUGAGGACAAUAGCAGCCAGUCAAUUGAAGACAGUAAGGCUGCUGCUGAUAGAAAAGAAAGUAUAUCUGUCAUAGAGGAACGACGAGGAGAGAUAGAGUUCCGAGUGGUGAAGAACGAUGGUGCGCCUGAAAGUAUGAUACUCUUGACUGGUCUCAAGAAUAUUUUCCAGAAACAGCUUCCCAAGAUGCCCAAAGAGUAUAUCGCGCGUCUUGUUUAUGACCGUAAUCAUUUAAGCAUGGCAUUAGUAAGAAAGCCUCUGAAGGUCAUUGGUGGCAUUUGUUAUCGUCCUUUUGAUAAACAAGAGUUUGCUGAAAUUGUGUUCUGUGCUAUAUCAUCCACUGAACAAGUCAAGGGAUAUGGCGCGCAUUUGAUGAAUCACCUCAAGGAUUAUAUAUCUGCCAAUACCAACAUGCGACAUUUUUUGACAUACGCUGAUAAUUAUGCUACGGGCUAUUUUCGAAAACAGGGUUUUACGACGGAAAUCACUCUUGAUCGUCAUAAGUGGGUUGGAUACAUCAAGGAUUAUGAAGGCGGUACUAUCAUGCAGUGCACGAUGGUACCACGAGUAAAGUAUUUAAAGGUGUUUGAAAUCUUGUCAGCACAGAGAAAAGCAGUUCUGGAGAAAACGAAACAAUAUUCAACAUCUCAUAUUGUGCACCCUGGUAUCAAGAUUCCAUUGCACGAAGAUGGAACUAGGUCAAUAGAUCCAUUAAAAGUUCCCGGAAUACCCGAAUCCGGAUGGACCCCAGAAAUGGAUAUCAUUCCUAGUCGUCCACAGCGACCCCCUCACUUUAAUCAAAUGCGACAUUUGGUCACUGAAUUAUCAACGCAUCGCGAUGCUUGGCCAUUCCAACAGCCUGUCAAUGGCGAUGAAGUUACUGACUAUUACGAGGUUAUCAAAGAGCCUAUGGAUUUAUCUGCCUUGGAAGCUAAUGUUGAAAACGAUGUCUACUCUACUAUGGAUAUGUUUAUCAAGGAUGCCCAAAAGAUUUUUGAUAAUUGCAGAACUUAUAAUGCGGAAACUACGAGCUAUGCAAAAUGUGCCACCCGAUUGGAACGUUAUUUCAAGGAACGUGUCAAAGUUUGGUGCAAUACUGAAUGAGUAGUAGCACACAAAGGAUAUGUUCAUACCAUUUUUCUUUAUUUCCUUCUUGUACAGCACCAUCACCAUCUCCUUUUCUUUUUUUUAAUAUAUAAACUCGUGCAAAUACAUUACUUUAUAUAUCAAAACACUUCACUCCCUGAGUGAUAACUUCGCCG